UACAAAGGAAAGUGGUGCUGAAGAACUAUUUAUAGUCGCAGAUAAAUUUUCACAAGAAGCAAUCAAAGAACCUAAUUUGCCAGUUUCAUAUUUGUAUUUGUCUAAACAAGGAUCAGAUUUUUGA